AUGAAUGACUCAGGAAGUUUGAAAUCCAAUCGAAUUUUGUGGAAACGUCGGACCCUAUCGGCUAUCCAACAUUUUAUUCACCGACUUUACUAUCUGAUUUUAUUCCUGUGUCUCUAUCGCUGUUACUAUACGAUGACUGCUCGGUCAAUGUCCAGCACAGCGAAAACCAACUGCCGUCAAUGCGCUCCAAAGCCAGUGACUGCUAUCACUUCGUGCAAGGGAUGUUCCGAAGAUUUCUGCCGUAAGCAUUUUAAUGAACAUCGUGAUCAACUUUCCAACCAACUGCAUGCGGUAAUUAACCAACACGAUAAUAUUCUUCAAGGUUUGCAACAGCAGGCUGCGUCCGGAACGAAUACAUCCAGAAGUCAAAGAGCCAAUCAACUAUUACAACAGGUUGAACAAUGGAAGACCAAUGCUAUCCAACAAGUGAUGAGAGUCGCAAAAGACGCUACUGACAACAUUGAGCGCUUGUUUAAUACAGAGAUCCAACUGCAAGAACUUCGAGAACGAACACGAAUAAUUACAAAAGAGCUUAGACAUCAAGAAGAAUCAGAUAGCUUUGUUGAAACCGAUAUACAAAGAUGGACGAAGCAAUUAGAAGAAAUAAAAAUUGACGCCACACGCCCAUUACCUUCUGAGAUUCAACCCCCAAGAAUGGAAUUCCAAUCGAUACCCUGGGACAGCAUAAUCAAAAUACACUCCGCUCCUCCAUGCACUCAAACCACAAAUCAAGCACAAGCAACACCAACUAUAUUCAAACCACCUCAUCAUCUGCUCCACUAUUACAAAUGA